AAGAAAAAGGUAUAUCACAAACUCUCCCAACUAUCACAAAUACAGACAAAAUAUCUGCCUUUUUGAAGAAUAGACAACCAACACACAUAAUCUGUGUAAUUAUUUAUUUUCAAUCCACGCCUUGCGUUCGAAAGGGAGCCAACUCGUUUGAUGCAGCGCCUUACCGGAAGUAUUCUGUAGCUGUAAGCAAAAGAAUGUCUGACAGUGAAGACAGUCCCUUUUCAGAUGCUGAAAGUGAGGGUGGAGAUCAGAAUGAAUCAAAAAAUGAUGGCAGUGAUGCUGGACAAGAAGGAAGUGAUGCAGAAGAUAAACCAGGUGAUGAUGACAAUGAAGUAGAUGAGGAAGGAGGGGAUGAUGAUGAGGACGAAGAGGACUACGAUGAUGAAGACGAAGAAGAGGGAAUUGGUCGUCCUAAGAAAAAAAAGAGGCGGGGAGCCUUGGGUUUUAUCAUAGAUGAAGCUGAUGUGGAUGAAGAAGACGAAGAUGAUGAGGAGUGGGAGGAAGGUGCUGAAGAACUUAUUGACAGAAAGUCAACAUACGAGGGUCCAAGUGCUAAGGAAAUUGAGAGUCAUCAGCGCCUUAAUCAGAUUUUAGAAAGUCAAGAUGAGGAUGAGAUUGAAGCGUAUUAUCGUCAAAGAUAUGGAGAUUCAACAGCAAUGGAUCGCUUUGGUGAUGGGGAGGAAAUGUCAGAUGAAAUCACACAACAAGGACGAUUACCUGGUGUGAAGGAUCCAAAUUUAUGGGUUGUCAAGUGCAGAAUGGGAGAAGAGAAGGCUGUUGUGGUCCAUCUUAUGCGGAAAAUGAUUGCGUUUCAGAACACUGAUGAGCCUCUGCAGAUUAAAUCAGUAGUGGCCAAGGAGGGAUUAAAAGGAUAUAUAUACAUUGAAGCAUACAAGCAGAUUCAUGUGAAGCAGGCUAUUGAAGGCAUUGGUAACCUUCGAGUUGGAUGUUAUAAUCAGCAGAUGGUUCCUAUCAGAGAAAUGACUGAUGUGCUUAAGGUUGUGAAGGAAACAGCCAACCUUAAGCCAAAAACAUGGGUUCGGCUUAAGCGGGGGAUCUUCAGAGAUGAUCUUGCUCAGGUGGAUUAUGUGGAGCCAUCACAGAAUGUUGUUCAUUUGAAGAUGAUACCUCGCAUUGACUACACUCAGCCAAGGGGUAUCCUUCGCUCUUCAGCAAAUCAGGAUCAGGGGAAGAAGAGGAAAAGAAGACCUCCCCAGAAAUUACUAGAUGUGGAUGCUGUGAGAUCGAUUGGAGGAGAAGUCAGUACAGAUGGUGAUUUUGUUAUCUUCGAAGGAAACCGCUAUAACCGCAAGGGAUUUUUGUUCAAAAGCUUUGCCAUGUCAGCAAUUGUGUCUGAAGGGAUCAAGCCUACUCUGGUUGAGCUGGAGAAGUUUGAGGAACAGCCUGAGGGUAUUGAUGUGGAAUUGGCUCCAGAGAAAGCCAGUGGGGAGAUAGUCCACAAUCUAGCUCCAGGUGAUGUAGUGGAAGUUGCAGAGGGUGAGUUGAUAAAUCUGCAGGGUAAAGUCAUCAAGGUUGAUGGGAACAAGAUCACCUUUCUACCCAACCACAAAGAUCUCAAGAACCCUCUGGAGUUUCCUGCAAAUGAAUUGCGUAAGUUUUUCAAAAUGGGUGAUCACGUGAAAGUGAUUCGAGGUCGUUACGAAGGAGACACUGGGCUGAUAGUAAGAGUGGAGGAGAAGAUGAUUGUGCUGUUCUCAGACCUAACAAUGCAUGAGCUUAAAGUUUUGCCAAAAGAUAUUCAGCUAUGCACAGACAUGGCUACAGGUGUGGAUUCCCUUGGACAGUUCCAGUUUGGUGAUCUUGUCCAACUUGAUCCACAGACUGUAGGUGUUAUAGUUCGACUAGAAAAGGAGAACUUCCAAGUCCUUAACAUGCACAACAAGGUUGUGUCUGUCAAACCACAAAGCAUCACAAGAAAGAAAGACACAAGGCAUGCUGUUGCCCUUGACUCAGAAAACAAUAACAUCCAAGUGAAGGAUGUCGUUAAAGUCAUAGAUGGACCACAUUCUGGUCGUCAAGGAGAGAUAAUGCAUUUGUAUCGUAGCUUUGCUUUCCUUAUGUCACGAAUGAUGACUGAAAACGGAGGUUACUUUGUAUGUCGUACCAGACAUCUCGUGUUGGCAGGCAGUUCACGGCAAAACCUUGCUGCCCCUAUGGGAGGCAUGGCGCCUAUGUCACCACGUCUUUCUAGCCCUGCUCACCCAAGUAGUGGUGGUGGUGGUGGUGGAGGUGGCGGCGGAGGAGCUGGUUCAGCUGGCCGUGGCCGAGGAGGAAUGACUCGACGUGAUCGAGAACUGAUUGGUCAGACAGUCCGCAUCAAGCAAGGGCCCUUCAAGGGUUACAUUGGUAUUGUCAAAGAUGCUACAGAAGACACAGCUAGAGUGGAACUACACUCUUCCUGUAAAACUAUCUCUGUAGACAAGUCUCGACUGUUGACUCUCACUGGGCCACGAGCAGGAACAGCAACAUCUACCUAUGGUGGCCGUACACCUGUCUAUGGUGGCCAGACUCCUAUGUAUGGAUCUCGCACACCAAUGUAUGGUUCACAGACACCACUGCAUGAUGGAAGCCGCACUCCGCACUAUGGAGGACAGACUCCUCUACAUGAUGCAGGCAGCAGAACACCCAGUGGUGGCAACAGUGCCUGGGAUCCAUCAAGCGCAAACACCCCUUCUCGGAAUAAUGACUUUGAUUACCCGUACGAAGAGGCAUCACCAACAGAUUAUGCCACUACACCGAACCCUGCCACCCCAGGGUAUCAGGCAGAUGCUCCUAGUCCUGUGGGACCCUAUACCCCUCAGACACCUGGCAGCACAUACUCUCCCUACCACCCUACCACCACCUCUCCUGCGACUUUCCAAGCCAACAGUCCUGGUUAUGUGGGGACCCCUAGCCCUGCUGGCUACCAGCCAAGUCCUAGUCCAGGUGGCUAUGCUGGCACUCCGUCUCCUGCAGGGAUUGGCUUUAGCCCUAUGACCCCUGGAGCACCCUUCACACCUCAGACCCCAGGCACAGCCAUGGAUCACAACCUGUCUGACUGGCACACAACAGAUAUUCUGGUCAAAGUCAAGGAGACACACGAUGACCCAGAUCUGAUUUACCAGACAGGUGUCAUAAGAAGCAUUUCGGGAGGCAUGUGUUCUGUGUACAUAAUGGAGAAUGACAAAGUCGUUAAUAUUGCCUGUGAACACCUGGAGCCUGUUGCCCCAACAAAACAUGAAAAGGCAAAAGUUAUACUUGGAGAUGAAAGGGAAACUGUUGGGACUGUUCUCAGCAUCGAUGGGUGUGACGCAGUGUUCAAAAUCGAUGAAAAAAACAUUCGUAUGCUGCCAGUCAAACAUCUGUGCAGGAUGCAGUCCUAAUGUUGCCAGACUGGCACUGAUUCUGCAUCACAUGACAUUUGUGAAAUUUGUCCUGUCAACUUUUUUAAAGUGUAAAGAUAGGAUAAAGACCUACGUUUCCUGUCUACAUAUGAAUAUUUUGGAAUAACAGCAGUGGAAGUAAACUUUGUGCAUUAAGUCAAGGGAUAGUUUGCUAACAGUGGUGAUACAGCAGUUUUAUGUUGUCCAUAGCAAUGGAAAAUAUUCACAUAAAGGUUUUAGAUAUUGGCAUCAAAAGAUUGGUCACUGAAAUCUGCCAGAUUGAAGGGAAGCUUUUAUUUCUUGCAGCACUAAAAUUUAAAACUUGAUUGUUCAGUUUAUUGCAUGUUUUACGUUCAUGUGAGCGUAGUCUAAUCUUAGAUGCAACUUUUUAUGUUAAAGUAUCUUGGUCUUGAAUUAAAAUAAAAAUUCCACAUCUUGUAUCUUUUUUAAUGCA